UAUCGUCCACCCCAUAUUGAACCAAUGAAAAUCCUCUGGAAAUUCUUCUCUGAAACCAAAGGAAUUCUUCCCCUUUUUGUCUCGCAGAGAAAGAGUUGUUUCUUCCAUUGUAAUGAGAAGGUUUUUCUCUACAAAUUGGACAACCAAACCUUAACCCUCUUUUCUCUUCAUGUUCAUACAUAACUUUUUUUGUUUUUCUUUGAUUAUUUGUAGAAGAAUGUAACAUUGUAUGUGCUAUAUCGUUAUACAUAAACAUGCAUAUAGAUAUACCAAAUUAGUGAGAUGAAAUAAUUUUUUUUUGUUGGCAAAGAUUGUACAAAUGCUACUCAUUUUUUUAGAUAAUUGUUUCUUUGUGAUCUCCAAUGAAACCUGUUGUAAUUAGCACCCCAACCUUUAUUACCAAUCCAGCAAGCAAAAUGAAGCGCCAACUAUUCCACAUUGCAAAGAGACCUGCCAUGUCCAAAAAGGGUAUGAAGCUUUUUGAAUCCAAUGAGGACUCAAAGAAGUCAUUACUUGAUGAUGAAUUUUCCGAUGGCAACAUUCAGAGCACACAGACUCCUCUUAAGGUUCCGAAAGGUUUCUUGGCUGUUUACGUGGGUCCAGAGCUUCGUAGAUUUGUGAUUCCGAUGGCAUGCUUGUCAAUGCCGGACUUCAGGGUUUUAAUGGAUAGAGCAGCUGAGGAGUUUGGGUUUGAACAAGAAGGUGCCCUGCAAAUUCCUUGUGAUGAAGAGGAUUUCAACAUAAUUCUAUUGAGGUGUUUGGAAAAGAGUAAAAAGAAUGGUAAAAGGAGAUAGGGAAAGGUAUGCUGUAUAUAUACGCACACACAUAUAUACAUAUAUAUAUGAAUAAGUAUACAUUGGUUUUAGUGCAUACAAAAGCUUUGUGUCAAUAGUCCUUUCUUUUUUCUUUUUCUUUUUUUUUUUUUUUUUGGUGGGCUAAAUAAAUAGUCCUUUCUCUUUGUAUCUAAGGUAAGAUGCCCUAGGAGUACUGACAAAAUUUGUUUAAUACUUGUUCAUUCUAGUAGAUUUUAAGUUCAUCAUGGACUAAAAAGUGCACUCUUCAAUUUUAUUUAUUCGUUCCUUUUUGUCUUAUUUAAUUUUUGUGUCGAAUUUUGUCAAGACUUG